UCAAAUGCAAUAUUUGUGCAGUACACAAAUUUCAAAUCAAACGACUUUUUUAUUGUAUGUCCAAAGAUACAAUAUUUGUCCACAUUAUUUUUAAGGCUUGUCAGUCUAUAAUACGUGUUGCACGCGUCUGCGUAAAGGCAGCAAUGAAGUUGGUGAGUGGGGUAUAUAACUAUCUGUGCUAAUAGGAACUUGUUAUUUCAUGCCAGUACAACGUUGUAUGUCAACGAGCUAGUUACGUACGAAAUUGAUUAUAAAUAGACGUAUAGUGUUCGAAAUAUAAAAAUAAAAUGAACAACCGAGGAAAGCGAAUAGUUCAACUUGCAUUAACUAAUGUAGAUGAGAAUCAACACGAUGUCGAUGAGCCAUUUGUCGACUCUGGAAGUGAGUACUUUCCGUCUGACCAGACGGCUUCGUCAACACAUGACACAGAAAUUCGAGUACUUUUGCCUGUAGUUGACAACAUGGAAGGUUCAGCACAAAGAGAAAGAAAACGCAGGCUAGUUGCCAAACCGGAAUUAUGGAAGAAAAAUAAGAUGCAGUUGUUACGAGUGGCUGGCAAAGAAUAUGUAAACAGAAAAGGGGAAACAGUAAUAGCCAAAUCACCAGGUAUUAUUGAUUGCAACAACUGUAGAUUCAAAUGUAUCAUUAACUUACCUCGGGAAAGACAAAUGAUAAUUUGUAAAGAAUAUUGGGACCUUGCUGAUUCAACGAAACAAAAAAUUUUUAUUGCCUCUUUAGUCGAAGAGAAAAAAAUUGACAGAGAAAGAAAUCGCAAUGAAAGAAAAAAAACAGAAAACACAGUCGAUAUUAUUAUUUGUUGAAUGGCUCUAAUGAACGUGUAAGGGUGUGCCAAAAAUAUUUUUGUGCUACAUUUGCAUUUAGUUUUCAAGUUGUUGAAACUGCAUUGAAGUAUCGUGGAGACAGUGGCAUUUAUGUCGGCUUUGAUCAUCGCAAAGGAAGACCUGCUCCGAAUGUAACAUCCACUGAGCAAGUUUGCCACAUUAAGACUCAUAUUGACAUGUUCCCUCGAAUGGCAUCCCAUUAUUGUCGUCGUGAUACUAUGAGGCAUUAUCUAUCAAGUGACUUAAAUAUCAGUGUGAUGUAUCGUUUAUACUGCAACGACUAUUGCCCCAAAAAUAAUGUGCCACCUGUUAAGUACAAUGUAUUUAGAUCAGUAUUUAAUAGUUAUGAUCCACCCUUGUCAUUUUAUAAACCGAAAAAAGAUCAAUGUGUAACAUGUAACGCUUAUAGCACUGCUACAGAUAAAACAGAAUUACAAAGUCAGUGGGAGGCACAUAAAGCUAAAGAAGAAAGUGGAAUGAAAAUGAAAGCAGCUGACAAACAGAAAGCAGUCGACAAUAAAGGUGAAACGUUUCGAGCUAUAACAUUUGACUUACAGUCAAUACUUAAUGUGCCUUAUGCUGGAGAUAGCCAAAUAUUCUACAGACGUAAACUUUCCGUCUACAAUUUUACAAUUUUUGAUGCUUCCAAUGCAGAUGGUUAUUCAUAUCUAUGGGACGAGACACACGGAAGAAAAGGAUCAGUUGAAAUUGGAAGCUGUUUGCUGAAAUAUUUGCAAUCUCUACCCAAUACUGUCACACAUGUUUCUUCAUUUUCAGACACUUGCGGUGGACAAAACCGUAACAAGUAUGUGACUGCUGCUAUGAUCUAUGCUGUUGCUAAAAUUGAUAAUCUCCAAGUAAUAGAUCUAAAAUAUUUGGAGCCAGGGCAUACGUACCUAGAAGUGGAUUCGAUGCAUGCUACAAUAGAACGUGCUCGAAAAAAUAAGAAGGUUUACUCACCCCGUGAAUGGGGUGUUUUGAUACAAAUGGCAAGGCAGAAACCUCGCCCCUACAUAGUUAACCAUCUCACAUACUCCGAUUUCUAUAAUUUUAAGGAGCUAGCGUCGAAAAUUAUGCAGAAUACUAUCCGUGACACCAACGGAAAUCAAGUUAAAUGGUUGCAAAUUAAAUGGUUACGCUUCACAAAGACAGAUCCGUCAACCAUUUCUUUCAAGUAUGAUGUUGCAGGUGACGAUUUCUUGAAAUUGAACACAUGCGAAGUAGGCACAAGUAAACGAAGGAGAACACGCAAACCGUGUGAAAAUGUCAACGAUGUACAUCUUGAGCAACAGUAUAGCAGUAUCUUGCCAAUAUCCAAUGCAAAAAAACAUGACCUUUUGUGCCUCUUACGCCAGAAGGUGAUUCCAGAAGACUACAGAAACUUCGUGGAGACAUUACCUACAGCCGUAGGGGCUACAGACAUUGUUCCAAGUGAUUCUGAAUACGAAACAGACUAAGGUUUAAUCGUGUUCAACUUUAUGAAUGUCUGUUCCGUUAAUAAAAAUUUCAUUUGUA